CUGGAGGGCUUUUGCCAUGGCGCCUUGACACUGGGUGGCGCAGACCCCCAGCUGCCCGAUGGGGGCGCAGGAGGAGACGGCAACCAGCUGCGAGGCAGCGUCCACCAAAGGGAGCUCGGCAUCCUGGGCCGCGCAGACACCCGUGUGCGCCGCCCCCCCGAAAAGCCUGCGACUCACUGCCUGGCGUGGAGGCGGGGGCGCACUAGUGACUUAACCCGCGCUGGGUUUGGUGGUGGUCGUUUGAGGGCAGGUACGGGCUCUGCCCAUUUUGGCUAAGGGUCACACAGCAUUUACAUCACAAUUGGGCCGGAGUUUUAAAAUGUCCGGCCAUCUCCCUUCCCACUACCCGCGGCUGCUGUGUACAGACGGAGAAUGUUCUAGCGCUGGGGGCGGCUGCGGAUGAAGUCCUUGGGGGGAAAAGUAGCUGGCCAAGGGCAAUGGUGGAGUAGAGCUGCCUCCUGGAGGCAGCAUGAGCUGAGAGGGUGAUAGGAAGGAGGCGCUAGACAGCAUGGAGGACUUUCUGCUCUCCAAUGGGUACCAGCUGGGCAAGACCAUUGGGGAAGGGACCUACUCAAAAGUCAAAGAAGCAUUUUCCAAAAAACACCAAAGAAAAGUGGCAAUUAAAAUUAUAGACAAGAUGGGAGGGCCAGAAGAGUUUAUCCAGAGAUUCCUGCCUCGGGAGCUCCAGAUCGUCCGUAUCCUGGACCACAAGAACAUCAUCCAGGUGUAUGAGAUGCUGGAGUCGGCCGAUGGGAAAAUCUACCUGGUGAUGGAGCUGGCUGAGGGAGGGGAUGUCUUUGACUGCGUGCUGAAUGGGGGGCCACUGCCUGAGAGCCAGGCCAAGGCCCUCUUCCGUCAGAUGGUCGAGGCCAUCCGCUACUGCCACGGCUGUGGCGUGGCCCACCGAGACCUCAAGUGCGAGAACGCCUUGUUGCAAGGCUUCAACCUGAAGCUGACUGACUUUGGCUUCGCCAAGGUGCUGCCCAAGUCACGCCGGGAGCUGAGCCAAACCUUCUGCGGCAGCACAGCCUAUGCUGCCCCUGAGGUGCUGCAGGGUAUUCCCCAUGAUAGCAAGAAGGGUGACGUCUGGAGCAUGGGUGUGGUCCUGUACGUCAUGCUCUGUGCCAGCCUACCUUUUGACGACACAGACAUCCCCAAGAUGCUGUGGCAGCAGCAGAAGGGCGUGUCCUUCCCCACUCAUCUGGGCAUCUCGGCUGACUGCCAGGACCUGCUCAAGCGGCUCCUGGAACCAGACAUGACUCUCCGGCCUUCCAUCGAAGAAGUUAGUUGGCAUCCAUGGCUAGCAAGCACUUCGUAAAAGCAAUGGCAAGUCCUCCCCAAUAAAGUAGGGGGAGAAAGCAAACCCAAAACCCGCUUCUAAAA